AUGGAGUCAAACGGUUACGCUCAUACAGAGGCACUCCUCGAGCCUCUAACUCAUAUCAAUCGAGAACAUCUAGCUGCCAUGGCGGACGCGGCUGUUGCAGACCAGAACGACUUUAACGCGUCAUCUCCGUCUAGUCCUAGUCAGAAGAGAAAGCGUGGCGCGCCAGACUCCUCUCCCGAAUUGCGACGCGCUAAGCGUGUACCUCCGAACAUUUCAAGUACUCCUGACGCAGCAUAUGUUGAGAGUGCUGUCGAAGCUGCGCAGGCAGCCGCACAAGCAGCAACUAAUGCAGAUUUCACGGCUCUACAACAGGCUACAGCCGAUCACGACACUUCGGACCACGCCAACGCAUCCAGCACCGCUGCUGCCGCUUUAGGAACUUUAUAUCCUACCAUCCAUGUUCCUCAAUCUACAGAAGAGACAUUUGCCGCGCAGGCAGCGGCAGAGGCAGAACAUCACCAAGAUUCGUCGUUCGGUCAUAACGACAUGCUCCAUGCAGACGGCCUUCCCGACACGUCUACUAACGGCCUCUCACAGUCGCAGAAUGGCAUCAGAUCCACACAGCCGUCCUAUACUUCGUCCUCAUCUGCCUCUAAACCGGCUGUAGGUUCAGAAGAGUGGCACAAGUUGCGAAAAGAUAACCACAAAGAGGUUGAACGCCGACGCCGCGAAACCAUUAAUGAGGGCAUCAAUGAGCUUGCUAAGAUCGUUCCUGGAUGCGAGAAAAACAAAGGCUCAAUCUUGCAACGCGCAGUCAUGUUCAUCACUCAGCUUAAAGAGAAUGAGGCACAAAACUUAGAAAAGUGGACUUUAGAAAAGCUAUUAACCGAGCAGGCGAUCCAGGAGCUCAGUGCCUCAAACGAUAAGCUCAAGCAGGAGUGUGAGAGAGCUUACCGAGAACUGGCCAUGUGGAAACAAGUGGCACAGAACGCAGGACUUCAGCCCUCCCAGUCUAAGGAUGAAGGUUCUUCAUGA